AUGCUUCGGGAUAUAUUCUACAGGAGAAGCAAACUACGAGAAAAAGAUGCUCCAGUUGAUUUGGAUGCCGGUUCCACUUCUACGGAAUCCAAGGGUGAUGGUUCUUCUGAAGAAACAUUUCCGCUUACGGAAAUCCCCAAACUCAAAAGGAGCAAGUCAUUCAGCAUGCCCAUCAAUACAAAAGAGAUCGAGGAUAGGGCCAAUAGUAUGGGUAAUCUGGAGACGAGUUUUGAUCCUUUUAGCCCCGCUCAAUUAAAAAAGAGCCACAGCUUUUCGGGCACCAUUCAUCGUACCGGCUCAUCUUCGUUUACCAAGCUAUUUACUAGAUCUGUGCAAUUCAACGGAAAUGGGCCAAAUGGGAAGAUUGAGACGGCAAAAAAAAUCAACAUGAAAGCGCCGGAGACAAAUGAAGUUGGAAACGCUGUUGGAUCGAAGGAUGAUUUGAGCAUAUACACUGUACACCAGCAAACAAAAGAGGAAGAUGGCAGUAGCCUUCUGGAAGUCUGUACUUUAAGCAGCUUCAAUGAAAACACUCUGUCAACCCCUAACAAUGGUUUGGACUCCAGCAAAAGUCUUGAAAAGGUUCAACUCCUCUUUUCGGAGAAUCCUGCUGAUGUGAUCGAGGAAAGCUCAGAUUAUGGAGAGGAACUUAUUUCGAAACCCCAAGAUAAGCUUGGAUGCUUCAGAAAAAAAACAUCCUCAAACAAUCCAGAACUAUUAAAGCUAUUGAUCUUGUUAAAUGCUCCACUUAGCUCUACCCUCACAGAAGGAAUUAACCUUGCAAUAUGCACUUUGGGCAACAAAGAUAUGGAAAUUUUGAGCUUGCAAGACGACUUACGCCAUAUGAAUGACGCAUACUCAAAAAAUUCUGGAAUACUCUCCGAGCAGAUUACUGAAGAAAUAAAUCAGAAACAUAAUUUAACAACUCAGAUCAAUGAGAUGACUGAAAAAUUGGCAGAGCUAAAUAAGGUACACAAAGAGGAGCUUGGUACUUUGCUAGCGAAGACAGUGUUCAUCGAAGAUUACAACAUAUUGAUUGAAGAGAAGCAAAUUUUGGUUAGUAUGCUAGAGAAACAUAUUAACUGCGAAGUUGAGAGUCUCCAUUUGGGUAUACAGUUAAUAUUGGAUACCAACCACCGUUUAGAAUCCGAACGAAAACAGCUAUUUGAGGAGAUAAAUUACAAGCAGUCUACAGUUGAAGAACUCAAUGAAGUAGUCAAUGAGAAGACCUCUAUAAUAGAUAAUCUUACUCGUGGCUUGGAUGCAAGUAUUGAAGAAAAGAAGUGUAAUGAAAAUGCUCUCGAAGAAAAUAUUAUCCAAUUGGGUGCAAAAAUCUUCGAUCUAGAGUCCACAGUGGAGAGUUUGAAUACAAAGAACUCAAAGUUGCAAGACCAAUUGAAUAUAAAGAUCGAGUCAUUGAGGGGAUUGUGUACCACCAUCGACGAUUUGCAUAAGGAGUUCAAUUACCUCGAGGAAACGAAAGAGAUUCCCAGGUUGUGUUGUGACAAAAACGACGAGACUUCAAAGUCGGGUACAUCUACACGGGUUGCUUCAGAGACCUUGCUGUCAAACAAUGGGAACUCGAAAAUUGAGACAUCAGUGGGGUUGAUCGAGAAUAUUAAAAUCUCGGAUACUCAAAAGAAUCUUGAAUUAGAGGUCUCGAGGCUUACUCAAGUAGUCGGCAGCCUAGAAGCCGAGAAUGACAUGCUCAAGUCUUACAACGAAGAAGCCACUAAACUACUACUUAACCUGCAAGACAGAUUUGAGACUUUAAGGAAGUCAAAGGAGAGCAACAAGGAGGCUAUCCAUGAGUUCAAAGCUUCAAAUAAAUUAUUGUACUUAACUUUAGUUCUGCUCUUAAAGGGUGCUAUCGAAAGUUUGUCACCUGUUUUCCACAAAGAUUCUCUUCAUUUUUGCAACGAUCUCUAUAAUUUGAUUUCCAAAAAAAGUGUUUUCAGUGAUGGCGACAUGAUUCUUCUUGAGAGAUUACCAAGAUUUAUUAUCAGUGCCAUUACAAACGUUGUAUCCCAAUACCAAUCCAAUGAGCAGAUCCUCGAAAAAGAAAUUGAGAAAAGGAACCAGAACUACUCCGAAAUGUUAGCCAAUUUGACCAAGGUUAUGGAGGAUAAGAUUGAAAAGAUGCAUUACAGCACUAAUUAG